GAAACGUUGCAGUGACAGGGGGAUGUGUGUUGUGUUUCGUCGCGUUCAAAUGUGAACGUGGUACAAGGCCAGAGUCACUCACGGAGAGGUCACCACAACUCUAACUUGUAAGUAUCCAAGGUCUUACCAUUGUUUUUUUUUAAACAUAAUAAUUCUUUUUUUUUUAAAUGUCCACAAGUAUAUGUAAGAUCUAUUUUCAAGUUUACAGUUGAUCCACAUGUCCAUUUCAAAAGUAUCUUUGACCCAAUUGUCCAUUUCCAGUUUACUGUUGACCCACUUGUUCAUUUCAAGUUUACAGUGACUCAAAUGUCCAUUUCAAGUUUACAUUUGACCAACAUGUCAAUUUCAAGUUUACAGUUGACCAUUUUAUCCAUUUCAAGAGUAAAGUGACUCAAAUGUCUCUUUCAAGUCUGUAGUUGACCAACUUGUCUAUUUCAAGUUUACAGUUGACCUACUUGUCUAUUUGAAAUUUAACGUUGAUCCACUUGUCUACUGAAAUGUAUAGUUCACCCACUUGUCCUUUUGAAAUUUAUAGCUGACCAACUUAUCCAUUUCAUAAGCCUGAGAGAUAACCGGGUAUAAAAAUCAUGGCUGGGGGAAUUUGAUUGUUUUGGGGGUAAUUCGAAAAAUAAGCCGUCUAGAUUUUGAAAUCCAACUGUCUUCUAUGAUUUAACUUGAAUUUUAAAAGGAGAAUCGUUAAAUUAUAAAAUAAGCGUUCGUUAAAAGUGUUGUAAAAAAUCAUUUAAUUUUCUUCAGAGAUCAAGCCUAUUUUGGAAUAUUAAAAAUUAUAUCAUGUGACACAUUGGGGAGCGGGGCUGCAUCCGAAUCUUAGAAAGGCUUAGGUUGGGGGGGGGGGGGGGGGCAACGCACAAAAAAGUUUGGGAAACACUGGUGUAGAGGAUUAUUCAUAAUAGUGUCGUAAGAUUAUCCAUUUUAGUCUAGUAGUAAGGUUAUCCAGUAUAUUGCAGAAAAUAUCCAGCAUAGUGUAGUAAGAUUAUCCAUAAAGGUUUCGUAAGAUUAUCCAGUAUUGUGUAGUAAGAUUAUUCUUAAUACUGUAGUAAGAUUAUCCCGUUGGCAUAGUAAGAUUAUCCAUAAUAGUGUAGUAAGCUGAUUAAGAGUAAUAAAAUAGUUUAAUUUCGGUUAUAAGGAGCCGGACACUUAAAAGAAAGAUCUUGACGUGAGGGUCUGAAACCAUGAGGUUAGUGUGCCUUCAGCCUAGUCAACAGACUGAGACGUUCAGAAAAAUCAGAUGUAGGUCAUGGUAAUCGGGCCGUGACCAGAAUUUCCUGGAAAAAUUGAUUUCCUGUGUGCCAAUGAUAACAUUUUUUAACACAUGUUGUUUGGGUUUAGUUUGGGGGGGGGGGGGGGUUUUUUAAAAAUAGAUUACUACUGGUUUCUCCGUCUGUUUUGUUGGGCGGAUCUCAAACAUGUAGGGUCCCGAAAUUGGUUCUGAAUCCCCGGAACCAAUGUAAAUCUUUUUUUGACGUGACCAGAAUUUCCUGGAAAAAUUGAUUUCCUGUGUGGCAAUGAUAACAUUUUUUAACACAUGUUGUUUGGGUUUAGUUUGGGGGGGGGGGUGAUUUUUUAAAAAUAGAUUACUACUGGUUUCUCCGUCUGUUUUGUUGAGCGGAUCUCAAACAUGUAGGGUCCCGAAAUUCGUUCUGAAUCCGCGGAACCAAUGUAAAUCUUUUUUUGGAAUAUCUUUUAUUUAAUUAUGAAUCUUUGGCUUCCCUUCUUUUUCAAUGUACUAGAAACUAAGGCCAGAAGUUCUAAAUGUAUUGAUAGUACACUGCUGAUUGCUUGGCAAGUCAUGGGUUAAAUUGAAGAGAGGAUUUUAAAAUUACUUUUUAAUAACACACUUUGCUGCAGUGAAUCAUCAAACGGUUUGAGUGGGCGGGGGCUGGGGGGGGGGGAGUUAGGGGGAACAAAUCCACUGUGGAUAGGGUUGAAAGGUCAAGCCUGACGACGCCAUCGUCUCAAGACAAGAGCUACCAGCAUAUGGAAGUGCCGGAAAUGAAUGUUUGCGAAUGAGUAACUCAAAUGAACGCUGGCACCGGAAACUGGAGUUGAUCAAAAAGCAAACAUAUGGGUUAAAUUGAAGAGAGGAUUUUAAAAUUACUUUUUAAUAACACACUUUGCUGCAGUGAAUCAUCAAACGGUUUGAGUGGGCGGGGGCUGGGGGGGGGGAGUUAGGGGGAACAAAUCCACUGUGGAUAGGGUUGAAAGGUCAAGCCUGACGACGCCAUCGUCUCAAGACAAGAGCUACCAGCAUAUGGUAGUGACGGAAAUGAAUGUUUGCGAAUGAGUAACUCAAAUGAACGGUGGCACCGGAAACUGGAGUUGAUCAAAAGGCAAACAAAUAUCAAGGACGUUAGACAAGGCUCAACUCAGAUUACAGUAAAAUUACAAUUCCUGUUCGCCGACGAAGGCUCUACGCCGAAACUUCCAUGUCUUAUCGUCCUGUGUUUUGCUUCAAGCUGCAACGUACAUCGCUCUACUGUUUCAUUCACUCAGCUUAAGUGCAGUCCUUCAAUUAUCACCUCAACUCAAAAGUACGUAAAAAAAUAACUCAUUGACUUUUUUUUUACAUGCAACAUUUAAAUGUCGUUAAAAUAAUGUAAUUAACAUUUCUUUUUAUUUAUAGUUUUUUUUUAAAAAGCUGACUGGUGCAUUGGACUAGCGCCUGGGGCUAGUGUCUUGGAUUAUAGCGCCUCGGCCUAGUGCCUUGGACCCUAGCGCCUGGGGCUAGUGCCUUGGACCCUAGCGCCUGGGAAGCCUCGAAGAAUUGAUAGAGUUUCCUCUCGCCUCAAAAAUGCCACGUCGAAAUAGGUUGGCAAAAUGGUGAGUAGGUAAGGGAGAGUAGUUAGUGGUGAGUAGUUAGUGAAGAGGAAUUAUUUGUUUUCAUGAUCAAAAAUUGAGUCAAAUUGUGAAUUGUUUCAGAACACAUAGUUCACCUUUUUUGUGUGGUAAAAAUUGAUCUAUUGUUGUCGACGCCUAUGAGCGAAAUUUUAACUUUGCUUUAUUUCAUUUUAAAUCUAAGACGCGUCAUAUCUUUGAUGGUAGAAGGUUUAGCAGAUCUUCGAUUAACCGAUUCAAAAUUUGACUUUGUGUCCAGUUUUUCCCCUCACUUUGCUUCUCAUAUCCGAACAAAUAGGUAGUUAAUGUUAAAUGUUUGUUUUUUUAUAAUUCCUUCAUAAGAAAUUUGAAGUGCCCCAAUAAAUAAACUAUUCAAUUUGACGGCAGGAUGUUGGCAUCUCGCAUUAUUGAACCAUGUGACCUUGUACGCGGUCAGUGGGUCGGCACGCAGGCACGAGGCGACGGUAAGGGUGGGGGGGGGGGUCAAGUCCAAUUAUGUCCGACAUGCACCAAAAUACUAGUUUCUUGAGGAUGCGAUCAUAAUAUUAACAUGAUGCCAUUACAUUGACAUUAAAAUGAUGCCUCAAAUAAAAUAAGGAUUUCCAAAGAAGAAGAAAUUAAGUUUUUGAUUCUUCUUUCUGUCGCUAGGAGUCUUGUUGAGUAAAUCUGACUAUGGCCUAGCACAGAACAAAAUGCCGACUACUGCCUAGCAAAGAACAACAUGACGACUAUUUCGUAGCAAUGAGCAACAUGCCGACUAUUUCCUAGCACAGAACAAUAUGCCGACUAUUUCCUAGCACAGAACACCAUUGCCGACUAUUGCCUAGCACAGAACAACAUGACGACUAUUGCCUAGCAGUGAACAGUAUACUGAUAUAUUUUUUGUUGCUGUAAUUUUCGUUUUGAUCAUUUUGUUUUAUUUAGACCUUUUUCUUGGCACAUUCCGGAAUAGUCAAAAUGUCCGUUUAAAAGAUUAAAUGCCUUUCAAUGAAAACUUUGCCCCAUUUAGGAACAUUGCGAGCUGUCUGGUCGGAGUUCUGUCCCUUCUGCUGAACUUGGUGUGCGUGGCUUUUGUGGCAUACAGGUUAAGAUUUCUUCUAGCUGCACCACCUGCCUCAAAUGUACAGGUAAUACUUUGAUAUGAUGGAAUAACUUUGAUAUGAUGGUAAUACUUUGAUAUGAUGGUAAAACUUUGAUAUGAUGGAAUAACUUUGAUAUGAUGGUAAAGCUUUGAUAUGAUGAAAUAACUUUGAUAUGAUGGUAAAACUGUAUCAUGAUGGUAAAACUGUAAUAUGAUGGUAAAACUUUGAUAUGAGGGUAAAACUGGUAUAUGCUGAUAAAACUGUAAUAGGAUGUUAAAACUGUAAUAGGAUGGUAAAACUGUAAUUUGAUGGUAAAACUUUGAUAUGAUGGUUGAACUGCAAUAGGAUGUUAAAACUUUGAUAUGAUGGUAAAACUGUAAUAUAUUGUUAAAACCCUUCAAGUGUAAAAAAAAAAAUAAACUACAAGGGUUGAUCAGGUCUGUGAGGAGAUAUCGGGAAACUGGUGGUGGUGUUUAGUUACAUACAUUCAGGAUAUAUAGAACAUGACCAUUUAAAGUACUCUGUAGAUAUAGAACAUGACCAUUAAAAGUACUCUGUAGAUACAGAACAUGGCCAUUAAAAGUACUCUGUAGAUACAGAACAUGGCCAUUAAAAGUACUCUGUAGAUAUAGAACAUGACCAUUAAAAGUACUCUGUAGAUAAAGAACAUGACCAUUUAAAGUACUCUGUAGAUAUAGAUCAUGGCCAUUAAAAGUACUCUGUAGAUAUAGAACAUGGCCAUUAAAAGUACUCUGUAGAUAUAGAACAUGGCCAUUAAAAGUACUCUGUAGAUAUAAAACAUGGCCAUUAAUUGCACUCUGUAGAUAAAGAACAUGACCAUUUAAAGUACUCUGUAGAUAUAGAACAUGACCAUUAAAAGUACUCUGUAGAUAUAGAACAUGGCCAUUAAAAGUACUCUGUAGAUAAAGAACAUGACCAUUUAAAGUACUCUGUAGAUAUAGAACAUGACCAUUUAAAGUACUCUGUAGAUAUAGAACAUGACCAUUUAAAGUACUCUGUAGAUAUAGAACAUGACCAUUUAAAGUACUCUGUAGAUAUAGAACAUGACCAUUAAAAGUACUCUGUAGAUAUAGAACAUGGCCAUUAAAAGUACUCUGUAGAUAUAGAACAUGGCCAUUAAAAGUACUCUGUAGAUAUAAAACAUGGCCAUUAAUUGCACUCUGUAGAUAAAGAACAUGACCAUUUAAAGUACUCUGUAGAUAUAGAACAUGACCAUUAAAAGUACUCUGUAGAUAUAGAACAUGGCCAUUAAAAGUACUCUGUAGAUAAAGAACAUGACCAUUUAAAGUACUCUGUAGAUAUAGAACAUGACCAUUUAAAGUACUCUGUAGAUAUAGAACAUGACCAUUUAAAGUACUCUGUAGAUAUAGAACAUGACCAUUUAAAGUACUCUGUAGAUAUAGAACAUGGCCAUUAAAAGUACUCUAUAGAUAAAGAACAUACCUAUUAAAUCUACUCUGUAGAUAUAGAACUUGACCAUUGAAAUUACUCUGUAGAAAUAGAACAUUGCAAUUGAAAGUUCUCUUUAGAUAAAGAACAUUACUGUUGAAAAUACUCUGUAGAUAUAAAGCAUGGCAAUUGAAAGUAUAAUAUAGAUAUAACGUAUUACUGUUGAAAGUGCUCUGUAGAUCUAUAACAUUACGAUUGAAAGUACUCCGUUUCUAUGUACCAUCACUAUUAAAGUAAUAUGCAGAUAUAGAAUAUGAAUAUUCAACUUACUCUACAGAUUUAUAUAAUAUAUUCUUUGCGAGUAUUGUAUUACCGUGACGACAACCUUAUGCUAGACUCCUACUGACAAGUUUAAAAUACUAAUGUCCUUCUCCAGAGUACUAAAGAAGUUUGCAUCGAGUGCCCGGGAGCUGGGAACUUUCAACGAGAAGAUAUAGCUUACAAUAACAAAUCUGGAGAGUGCUGUGCCCACUCUGUUGAAGGAUUGUUUGGUUUAAUGAACAUGGUAAGGAAAGGAAAGAUUCAAAGAGUGCGCUCUGGUUUAAUGAACAUGGUUGGGAAAGUAAAGAUUCAAGAAGUGUGUUCUGGUUUAUUGAACCCAUGGUAGGGAAAGUAAACAUUCGAUGAGAGCGUUCUGGUAAAUAAAUAUGGUAGGGAAAGUAAAGAUUCACAAAGUGAGUUCUGGUAAAUAAAUAUGGUAGGGAAAGUAAAGAUUCACAGAGUGAGUUCUGGUAAAUGAAUAUGGUAGGGAAAGUAAAGAUUCACAAAGUGAGUUCUGGUAAAUGAAUGUGGUAGGGAAAGUAAAGAUUCACAAAGUGAGUUCUGGUAAAUAAAUAUGGUAGGGAAAGUAAAGAUUCACAAAGUGAGUUCUGGUAAAUAAAUAUGUUUGGUAAAGUAAAGAUUCACAAAGUGAGUUCUGGUAAAUGAAUAUGGUAGGGAAAGUAAAGAUUCACAAAGUGAGUUCUGGUAAAUGAAUAUGGUAGGGAAAGUAAAGAUUCACAAUGUGAGUUCUGGUAAAUGAAUGUGGUAGGGAAAGUAAAGAUUCAAAAAGUGAGUUCUGGUAAAUAAAUAUGGUAGGGAAAGUAAAGAUUCACAAAGUGAGUUCUGGUAAAUAAAUAUGUUUGGUAAAGUAAAGAUUCACAAAGUGAGUUCUGGUAAAUGAAUAUGGUAGGGAAAGUAAAGAUUCACAAAGUGAGUUCUGGUAAAUGAAUAUGGUAGGGAAAGUAAAGAUUCACAAAGUGAGUUCUGGUAAAUGAAUGUGGUAGGGAAAGUAAACAUUCGAUGAGAGAGUUCUGGUAAAUGAAUAUGGUAGGGAAAGUAAAGAUUCACAAAGUGAGUUCUGGUAAAUGAAUGUGGUAGGGAAAGUAAACAUUCGAUGAGAGAGUUCUGGUAAAUAAAUAUGGUAGGGAAAGUAAAGAUUCAUAAAGUGAGUUCUGGUAAAUGAAUGUGGUAGGGAAAGUAAACAUUCGAUGAGAGAGUUCUGGUAAAUGAAUAUGGUAGGGAAAGUAAAGAUUCACAAAGUGAGUUUUGGUAAAUGAACCUCUCAAAAGAUAAUAAAGUUAAAAAAACUACAAAGUCAGCAUUAUUUCUGAAUAGCUAUAAAUGUUUGAAAUCUAUUUUGUGAAGUUAUUUUUAAGCUAAACUAGAUAGAGAUAAUUAAAAAAGUAGAUGCAUAAAAAUGUAAAAAUUUGGUGUAAUAAAAAAGUAUGCAUGAAUAUUGUCAAAAAUUAUGUACAAAUAUGGUGUUUAAAAUAAUGUACAAAAAGAAGACUGAAAUCGAUGUACAAAUAUGGUGAAUAUUGUACACAAAUCUGCUUUAAAAAUCAUGUAUUAAUUGUGUACACAAAAGUUUUAACAGUGAAAUUUCCCAAUUUAUUGUUGUAGGGUCUGUCACAACGUGACCAAGCUAUAGGUGAGUAGAUAUUCCAUAGAGGCUUAAUGGAUGAUUCAUUAAUACUUAAUGGUUGAUCCAUGGAUCUUUAAUGAAUGAUCAAUGAAUGCUUAAUGGAUAAUUUAUUUAAGCAUUACAAAUUAUUCAUGAUAAAUAUAUAUCAUGUUAAUAUAACAAGCAAUUCAUUUUGGAAAAUUUCCUUCUUUAAUAUGAAAUUAAAAACGAAACCUACUCUUAUGACAUAUUUACAUGUAUAUAUAUAUUUUUUAUGUCUGUAUAUAUAUACAGACAUAAAAAAUAUAUAUACAUGUAAAUAUGUCAUAAGAGUAGGUUUCGUUUUUAAUUUCAUAUUAAGAAGGAAAUUUUCCAAAUGAAUUGCUUGUUAUAUUAACAGUCUGCGUCAAAUUAACAACAAUAAAAUUCCCGCAUCUUGAACGCGUUGUACGUAGGUCUACAUAAGUAGAUACGCUUUAUGCCGCAUAUCGGAAGGAAAUUUCCCCGUUACGGAAGUGACGUUUGUCAAGCGGAAGAGAAGAUCUCAUCGACCAGUGAGUUGUUCGACAGUGAGAAUCAAGUCCGCGUUUACCAGAAAGUGCUGGGCUCAAACCCCCGCAAAGACGUCAAAGAGAAUGUUUCAAACUGAACAUCAGCUAUUGAAAAUGUUCAUUAGGAAAUGGCGUCAGCGAGCCGGGAAAUGGCGUCAGCAAGCCAGGCAGUGACGUCAACGAGCCAGGAAGUGGCAUCAGCCGACCGUCGAGCUAGUGUAUCGAGCUUUUAGUGCCCUCCUCCCAAACAACCCCACCCCCUUUUUUCCCCCUCCUUUAAGCCCGAGUACAUCUGCAGCAAGUCCGUUCGCCUGUAUUUUACGCUGCAUGUUCAAGUUGGAUACAGGUUGAACAACGCUUCGCGGGGCCAGAGAUACGCGAGCAAGAAUAGUGGGACAAUCUCUCUCUAUAGUGUACGAGGAUCAAAAUUUGUAUAGGAAUGAGCGGUGAACAGACGAAAUUCCCAUUCACCAGCAUGGCGAUCUGACGUUCCCUUUCCGUUGACAGUUCACUUUUCCUGAAAAGUGUUGCUUGGUCUCAUCUUGUUUUUAAUCUCUCUCUCUCUCGGAGUGUUCUGUCAUCUAUUUUCAAACAUGGUCUCCCUCUACGCUCACUAACGUAAUGCCACCUUUACGUUUUCUAAACAUAUGCCCCUUUUACUUUCACUAAACGUGUGUCACCCUUACGCUUACCAACGUGUCACCUUUACCUUCACUAACAUGUCACCUUUACGUUCACUACCGUAUGUCACCUUUACGUUCAUUAACGCAUGUCACCCUUUACGUUAAAUAAUGCAUAUCACCCUUUACGUUCAUUAACGCAUAUCACCCUUUACGUUCAUUAACGCAUACCACCCUUUACGUUCAUUAACGCAUAUCACCCUUUACGUUCAUUAACGCAUAUCACCCUUUACGUUCAUUAACGUGUGUUACCCUUUACGUUCAUUAACGCAUGUCACCCUUUACGUUCAUUAACGCAUGUCACCCUUUACGCUCAUUAACGCAUGUCACCCUUUACGCUCAUUAACGCAUGUCACCCUUUACGUUCAUUAACGCAUGUCACCCUUUACGCUCAUUAACGCAUGUCACCCUUUACGCUCAUUAACGCAUGUCACCCUUUACGUUCAUUAACGCAUGUCACCCUUUACGCUCAUUAACGCAUGUCACCCUUUACGCUCAUUAACGCAUGUCACCCUUUACGUUCAUUAACGCAUGUCACCCUUUACGCUCAUUAACGCAUGUCACCCUUUACGCUCAUUAACGCAUGUCACCCUUUACGUUCAUUAACGCAUGUCACCCUUUACGCUCAUUAACGCAUGUCACCCUUUACGCUCAUUAACGCAUGUCACCCUUUACGUUCAUUAACGCAUGUCACCCUUUACGCUCAUUAACGCAUGUCACCCUUUACGUUCAUUAACGCGUGUCACCCUUUACGUUCAUUAACGCGUGUCACCCUUUACGUUCAAUAACGUGUGUUACCCUUUACGUUCAUUAACGUGUGUCACCCUUUACGUUCAUUAACGCAUGUCACCCUUUACAUUCAUUAAUGCAUGUCACCCUUUACGCUCAUUAACGCAUGUCACCCUUUACGUUCAUUAACGCAUGUCACCCUUUACGCUCAUUAACGCAUGAGCGAAAAUGUGGCUCAACCACAAAUAGUUUUUUCCCCUCCUGAAAAAGACUGGUCUCCAACAACUGCCCAGUGUUUAAUCCUUUUUACUUCUAUGGUAACGUGGCAGCUGGGUCGACCCACCGUUGACAAUCGCAAGUAAAGGUUCAAGAUGCUGUACCCUCAGUACUGUUAUUUUGUUGGCACAUUCUGUAUUUUUGAUGAUCUUUAAUAUCAAGUGGUGAAAUUGAUGUUUACGGAUUAUGAGUCAAUUAUUUUGCUCAUCAGUUUUGAGUGUGAAUAACCUUACUGAGGACGACGUCAUACUUUGUCUUCUUUCACACUGAGGACGACGUCAUACUUUGUCUUCUUUCACACUGAGGACGACGUCCUAGUUUGUCUUCUUUCGCUCUAUUUCAGAGAGACUCAAAUUUUUUAGUGAGACAUCCGGGCACUUUCAACUCAUUCCAGGUGCGUACAUUAACACAUUUACACAGUGAUCUUAUGUACAUAUUUUGAUUGUAAUAUUCAUGUGCACAUUUAGAUGUAUUAGGCAUGUGCAUCUUUAGAUUUUAAUAUUCAUGUGCACAUUUAGAUGUAAUAUGUGCGUGCACAAUUAGAUGUAAUAUGCUGGUGCACAUUUAGACGCAAUAUUAAUGUGCACAUUUACACCGGGCAUCAGAUCAUAAUUCAGCCCACAAUGCAUUGCAGCUACAAACCCAUGGUAAAACAAAGGUAAGGCGAACCCAAACAUAAAAAAAAAAUUAAAAAAUCUGAAGUUGGAGUCCCGUAGGCCGUGCGACAUCGACGCAAUGGAAAUCCAAUCAGUUGCCGAGCUGUAUCGUCCACUAGAUGUUCAAUUGGGAUGAGGACGUCUGCCAACUGGAAACAAAUUCCUUUUUUCCUGAAUCAAAUCCCAGGCCGUAUGAUUUUCGCAAUCUCGAGGAUAGCCACGCAAUUUUAUCCCUAAAGUGGAAGGAUGCCCAAAAAGUAAAAAAUCUUAAAACGUAGAAAAAUAAGAUUCAAAAUAUGAUUAAUAUCCGGAAUCAUUGAUUAUAUGUGAGGUCGCCCUCCAGAAUUAUUGAACACGCGUGACGUUCGUUUUCCAGAAUCAUUGAGUAUGUGUGACGUCACUUUCGGAAUCGUUGAUGUUAUGUGUGACGUCACCUCCGAAAUCGUUGAAUAAGUGUGACGUCACUUUCGGAAAAAUUGAAUAUAUAUUACAUAAGAUAUAUGACGUUGCUUGUCCCACAUGUCUAUCCGUGGGACAAGACACGUCUUACAAGACAAAAUUAUUUACUUGAGGCUUCGUUUCAACAUCGGACAAUGCCACAAUAGCCACGAUGCCCAGCCUCGUUCGGAAGACGGUCAAAUAACCUUGACCUCAUACAGCUAUACAAAUGUAUCAGCAUUGCAUUAGAGGGUUAGUUAUAACCAUUGAUUAAAACAAUUUAAAAAUUGGUAUCUUCUUUAUAAUUUAAAAAAAAUAAUAAUAAUUUGAUAAGAUUUAUACUAAAUCUAAAAAAAAAAAAAAAUGUGGAGCUAAGUCAUACUCCUCACAAGUUGUACAUGUACAGUGUAAAAAAAGUUUACAGAGAGCCACAAUAACCCAAACUUGGAGUAAUUUCCCGGCACGUUUCCCGCUGAUUAAAACAAUUUAAAAAUUGGUAUCUUCUUUAAAAUUUAAAAAAAAUAAUAAUAAUUUGAUAAGAUUUAUACUAAACCAAAAAAAAAAAAAAAAUGUGGAGCUAAGUCAUACUCCUCACAAGUUGUACAUGUACAGUGUAAAAAAAGUGUACAGAGAGCCACAAUAACCCAAACUUGGAGUAAUUUCCCGUCAAGUUUCCCGCUGAUUUCUUGCGUCACUGUCUUCUUCUUUAGACAGCAGCAAUGAUACCAAUGAUAAGGUGCUUCGGAUGGAGAUGCAGAAACAGGGGAGUCACUCGCAGAGCCUGGCAGUCGACGCCAACGGCUUUGUCAACAUCGGUUCGGGAGGGUCCUACUUUGUCUACUGCAGUGUUUACUUCAGAGCCAACAGCUCGAGACCCUGUCCAACAUCCAACCCGGAAGUGAGUUUGUUAUCUCAUGUCCAGCUAAAAUGGGGGAAAUUAUUGUCUGGUGUCCGGUAAAAGGUGAAAACGUCGUCUAAUGUCCAGCAUUUGUAUGUAGGUUAAGAUUGCAGUGUGCCGUGGGAAAUGUAACUUCAAAAGUUGAAAUUAUCCUGCCAAUGUUUAGAAUUUAGAACAAAAUGAUUUCUGGCAGAUACUCGCUAACACACCAGUGUUGUUUCUACCGGAAAACGGAGGUGUGUGUGUGGGGGGGGGGUAAUCAUAUCUUAUAUAUAUUAUGCUUGUGGUGUGGCUGCUUCUAUUUCCGGAUAGCGCGCAAAAUAUAAUUCCCGAUUACUAUGCUAAAUGAUUUAUUUUUAAAAUAACUCAACUGCGAUUGGUGCGUAAUAUUUUCUUUUCGGAAAAUCGUUUCAAUUUAAAUACUUUUUAAUAAACAUUCGGUUUAAAAGUGGCUAAGACACUCAGAGUAGUAAUACAGUUCAUGGGGCGUGACGUGAACAGUGUGGCGGUGACGUACCAUGGGGCAGAAGGGGUGUUGCAAAAAUUGUGGAUUCUUAAAUGUGCCUUACAGUACUUGAGUUCAUGUUUUGUCAAGUAACUUUAUCAGAUGGGAAGUUCGCGCAUUGUUGUCGAAAAUGUCUGGCGAGCUAUUAUAACCAGUUGUGCUUAAUUAGUUGGAAAGCUUAACAUAAUUAUAUAGUGUUUACAAAGUCUUAGUUGAAUGGGGAUGUCAACGUUUGCUAAGUCUUAGUUGAAUAGGAUGUCGAUAUUUACAAAGACUUUGUUGAAUGGGGAUGUCAACAUUUGCUAAGUCUUAGUUGAAUGGGGAUGUCAACGUUUGCUAAGUCUUAAUAUAACGGGGUGUCGAUGUUUGCUUAGCCUUAGUAUAAUGGGGUGUCGAUGUUUAAUUUGACUUAAUAUAAUGGGGUGUCGAUGUUUGCUUAGCCUUAGUAUAAUGGGGUGUCGAUGAUUGCUUAGCCUUAGUAUAAUGGGGUGUCGAUGUUUAAUUUGACUUAAUAUAAUGGGGUGUUGAUGUUUAAUUUGACUUAAUAUAAUGGGGUGUCGAUGUUUAAUUUGACUUAAUAUAAUGGGGUGUCGAUGUUUGCGUAGCCUUAGUAUAUUGGGGUGUCGAUGUUUAAUUUGACUUAGUAUAAUGGGAUGUCAAUGUUUACUUUAAUGAACUUGGAGUGAAAAUUUGAUUUGCAAAAUGCUACCUACUCUCAAGAAUUUUUUUUUCAAAUUAUAUUUAGGCAAAUUCUUACAACUCUUUCAUAGUUAUGAGGUCAUACUUCCAGUUUGUUUUUAUUAAUACAGAACAAAAGUGCGGCUACUGUCCAUUUCGCUUCUUCACAGCGUUCCUCUUAGAAAUCGCAAAACCACAUAUACAUUUAUAUUUGAUACAAACAGAUCAUUUAAAUAUUUCAACAAAUGUGGAAGGCGUAGUCAAAAAGUAAAAGUUAUUUUUUUAAAAAUUAAUAUAUAUAUAUAUAUAUAUAUAUAUAUAUAUAUAUAUAAACCUCAUUGUAUACACCCUCUAUACCAAUUACCCUCUCUCAUACCCCCCCCUCCCUCGCAGCAUCCAAUGCCUGAGACUCCCUCUCGUGCUCCUGUUCCCAUCCCAUGUGACUUGUUUUAUUCACAGCACAUGACGUGGACACUGUCCGUGAAGAGAAAGAGCGGGACUAACUCUGAAAUGAGCAUGAUGGAAGCCGUCCACACAUGCUGUGAAAAUUGCAUUAGGGAAAGGGCCACCUCUUAUGCAGGUAAGAAAUGUACUGCACACCUGCUGAGAGGGGCACUUAUUAUGUAGGUAAGGAAAUAUUGCAUUAUUGCACGCCUGGUGAGAGGGCCACCUACCAUAAAGGUAAGAAAUGUAUUGCACAUCUGAUGAGAGGGCAACCUAUUAUACAGGUAAAAAAAAUAUUGCACACCUGGUAAGAGGGCAAUCUUUUAAACAGGUAAGAAAUAUUUCGUACACCUGGGAAGAUGAACACCUCUUAGACAGGCUGCAGGGCUAGAGACACUUGUUAACCUGCUUGCCUGCCAGGAUUAAUGUGUCAAAUUUUAAGUUUCUUGAGUUGUGGAUUUUAACAUUGGAAGCCUGAAAGCUUUCAUAUUAGGCUACGUGAAUACUACCUGUUAGGUUAAGUGUGUACUUCCUGUUACGCUGAGUACUACCUGUUAGGUUAAGUUGGUACUACCUCUAAGGUUAAUCGGGUACUGCCUGUUAGGUUAAGUGUGUACUUCCUGUUAGGUUGAGUUGGUACUACCUCUAAGGUUAAUUGGGUACUACUGCUAUGUUAAGUGGGUACUAACUGUCAGGUUGAGUUGGUACUACCUGUUAGGUUGAGUUGGUACUACCUGAUAGGUUGAGUUGGUGCUACCUGUUAGGUUAAGUGGGUGCUACCUGUUAGGUUAAGUGGGUACUACCUGUUAGUUUAAGUGGGUACUACCUGUCAGGUUGAGUUGGUACUACAUGUUAGAUUGAGUUGGUACUACCUGAUAGGUUGAGUUGGUACUACCUGUUAUGUUGAGUUGGUACUACCUGUUAGGUUAAGUGGGUACUACCUGUUAGGUUAAGUGGGUACUACAUGUUAGGUUAAGUGGGUACUACCUGUUAGGUUAAGUGGGUACUACCUGUUAGGUUAAGUGGGGUACUACCUGUUAGAUUAAGUGGGUACUACCUGUUAGUUUACUUUGGUACUAAGUGUUAGGUGAAUUGGGUAUUACCUUUAAGGAUAAGUGGGUACUACCUGUUAAGUUUAGUGGUUACUCUCUGCGCGCAGAUAGCAGAAAAUGAUGGUAUCAGUCUUAUCAUUACCAUUACAUAUAACUUCAUCACAUACUCAAAUUGGUGUAUCAUACAUAGUUUGACUUGUGUUAAAAAUACACAAAUGAUUAAAUAACAUACACGCAAUGCUAUAUUUUUAUACACCAAUCCGUGUAGUGCACAUUAAUUUUACUGUUGCACACUCCAUAUCUAAUACUACAUACCGGUACUCCAGUUGUGGUUUUACAUACCACAUAAAGCGAUAUUGAUAUUGCAUACACAAAUGGUUGUAUUACAUACACAAAUGGUUGUAUUACAUACACAAAUGGUUGUAUUACAUACACAAAUGGUUGUAUUACAUACACAAAUGGUUGUAUUACAUACACAAAUAGUUGUAUUACAUACACAAAUGGUUGUAUUACAUACACAAAUUGUUGUAAUAAUACACAAACGGCUGUAGAUACACAUAUGACUAUGUUACAUACACUAAUGGUUAAAGUACAUACACUAAUGGUUGUAGCCAGUGCUUUUUUUCUAAAAAAAAUAGGUGCCGGUACUCAGUGAUGGAUCGCCUAACUUUUAACGACCAGUUCGCACCUCGAUGCAAGCUAAAUCACAACUGCAAAGAUACUAAAUGUCUAAUUUUAAAAUAAUUCAAUUUUAACAGAUUAAUAAUAUAAUAAAUUAAUAAUAAACGUUAAAAUACAAGAAAAGUAAUAUUUUUUUACCCACAUUGAAAAAGGUGCCGGUACGCCGUACCGGUGCGUACCGGCACACAAAAAAGCACUGGCUGUAGCACAUGUAAAAAUACUUCCAUCCCUUUUUGAGCUCAUGUUAGCAGAGGAUAUAUUAUUCACCAUUAUGUGUUUCAGCUGGCGUCUUUCAGCUGAAUGCUAGUGAUGUUGUCAAGGUAAUGGUGUCAGGAAAAGGUGUCAUCUACUUCGAUGAGAGAAGCAGCUAUUUAGGGCUGAUGAUGUUAAAUAGUGGAAGGGAGAUCUAGAUUAAAAAAAACAACAAGGACCCAACAUGCCGGCAUUGCAGCCUGGUCCCAGAAACUCUAGGGUAUCUGAUGACCGAACGUUUCAAGGGAGGCAAGCGCGGCCUGAGAGACCUACACGAGGGAAAUGUUCAACGGCAGAGCCCAGCAGAUGGGGCUGGUAGCCAAUGUACAAGCCGGGGUCAUAAAAGAGUAAUCUCAGGCCCUCAAGAGAACAUUUUUGUGAGUUUAGGGGGACGGUGGUAGUAGAGGGGUGUUUUAGUGGCUAUAUGAUGUUCUAGUGGCUUGAGGGUGUUGAGUGGUUCUAUGGUGUUUUAAAGCCUUGAGGGUGUUUCAGUAGGGGUGUUUUAAGGGUGGCUGCUUUAGUAGUUAGAGGGUGUUUUAUUGGGGAUGGGGUGGGUUAUUGUUGACCUGAAAAGCAAAAACUAGCCAGUGUCGUGUGGUGUGGGAGUACACGCUUAGCAACGAAUUCCUGCUAUUGGAGAAGGUGUUGUGGUGUGGCAGGGAAUGGCUCGUUAAGUGCCUGCUAUUGUAGAAGAUGGUGUGGCUAGGGAAUGGUUCGUUAAGUGCCUGAUACUAUAGAAGAUGGUGUGGCUAGGGAAUGGUUCGUUAAUUGCCUGCUAUUGUAGAAGAUGGUGUGGCUAGGGAAUGGUUCGUUAAUUGCCUGCUAUUGUAGAAGAUGGUGUGGCUAGGGAAUGGUUCGUUAAGUGCCUGCUAUUGUAGAAGAUGGUGUGG